AUGAACCCCUUCUACUUCCACGCAGUGAAUGUAAUCUUACACUGUUUAGUGACUCUUGUGCUGAUGUACACUUGUGACAAAGCUGUGUUCAAGGACUGUCGACUUGCUUUUGUCACGGCGCUGUUUUUUGCUGUGCAUCCCAUUCACACCGAGGCUGUAACAGGUAUAGUAGGCAGAGCGGAUGUCCUAGCCUGUCUACUCUUUCUGUUGGCUUUUCUCUCCUAUAAUAGGAGUGUGGAUCAGCUUUACGUUGGGGAACGUUUCCCUCCCACUGCCUCCCCAUUCUUUUUGCUGCUUAGUUUAUUCCUCGGGACGUGUGCAAUGCUGGUGAAAGAAACUGGAGUCACUGUGUUUGGUGUGUGCUUGGUUUAUGACUUCUUUUCCCUCUCCUGCAAUGGUCUCAACCUGAGAAAUGGGGGGAUCCACCAGAGACCUGCUCGGCAUCCUGUGGCUUCUCCCUCUGCGUCGCUGCAAGUCCCUCCAUCUGGCCGGGAGAACGGGAAGCAUCGCUUUGCCCACCGGGGCACAUGGAGCUCCUGCCACCCAGCAUCACCCGAGGAGCAGCGGAGUGGGGGCCUUUCUGUGCCCAGCAAAGCUAUGUGGGCCAUUCGGAGCUACCUGACAGCAAAUAACAACCAGAAUUUCUUGUAUACUGCAAGGCCUUUCUUGAAGAGAGCUGCUUUGGUGAUAAGCUACGUGAUUCUCGUGUUGUAUUUCCGCCUCUGGAUAAUGGGAGGAUCCAUGCCGAUGUUUUCAGAGCAAGACAAUCCAGCUUCAUUCUCGCCAUAUUUACUGACGAGGUUUCUAACUUAUUCCUACCUUCUGGCCUUCAAUGCGUGGCUUCUGCUGGCGCCAAUCACCCUGUGCUAUGACUGGCAGGUCGGCAGCAUCCCUUUGAUUGAGUCCAUCUGGGAUGCGAGAAACUUGGCCACAGUGUUCUUGGUGCUGGUGAUGACGUUACUCAGCCUGCACUGCAUAGCUGCAUUCAAGAAACUGGAACACAAAGAAGUUUUGGUUGGCUUGUUGUUCCUGGUUUUCCCAUUCAUCCCAGCCAGCAACCUCUUCUUCAGGGUGGGAUUUGUGGUGGCAGAACGAGUCCUUUACAUGCCGAGUAUGGGGUACUGCAUCCUUUUUGUCCACGGCCUAAAAAAGCUGUCUACAUGGUUAAAUAAGUGGAGAAUUACUGUUCUGACCCUCUUUGCUUUACUGCUGCUGCUCUUCUCUUGGAAGACCGUGAAACAGAACGAAAUCUGGCUGUCAAGAGAAUCCCUUUUCAGCUCAGGAGUGAAGACCCUGCCCCACAACGCCAAGGUGCACUACAACUAUGCCAAUUUUCUGAAAGACCAGGGCCGUAACGUUGAGGCGAUCUACCACUACAAAACUGCUCUCAAACUGUACCCUCGUCACGCAAGUGCUCUCAACAACCUGGGGACGUUGACCAAAGACGUGGUGGAGGCAAAGAACUACUACAGACGGGCUCUUCAGUUAAACCCUCAUCACAAUCGGGCUCUCUUCAAUCUCGGCAACCUGCUCAAGACCCAAGGGAAAAAGGAAGAAGCUGUAAUCUUACUGCGGGACUCCAUUAAGUACGGCCCAGAGUUCGCAGAUGCCUACUCAAGCCUGGCCUCGCUGCUAGCUGAACAGGAACGGCUUAAGGAAGCAGAGGAGGUCUAUAAGGCUGGCAUAGAGAAUUGUCCUGAAAGCUCUGAUCUGCAUAACAACUACGGCGUUUUCUUGGUUGAUACUGGGGCUCCCGAGCGAGCCGUGUCCCACUACAAGCAGGCCAUCAGCCUGAGCCCCUCUCACCAUGUCGCCAUGGUGAACCUGGGCAGGCUUCACCGCUCCCUGGGGCAGAACAAAGAGGCUGAAGCGUGGUACAAGCGGGCACUGAAGGUAUCCCGGAAGACUGAAAUCCUGUCCCCGCUGGGGGCUCUGUACUACAACACGGGGCGGUAUGAAGAAGCAUUGCAGGUUUACAGAGAAGCGGCAUCACUGCAGCCUUCCAACAAAGAGAUCCGACUGGCACUGGCUCAGGUUUUAGCAAUGAUGGGGCGGACGAAGGAAGCCGAAAAGAUGACGAACCACAUACUCAACGAGGACGUGGAGUGUCUGGAGUGCUACCGCCUUCUGUCGGCCAUUUACAGCAAGCAGGAGCACUAUGCCAAGGCACUUGAAGCUAUAGAAAAAGCUCUUCAGCUAAAACCAAAGGAUCCAAAAGUCAUAUCAGAGCUCUUUUUCACUAAAGGAAACCAGCUACGAGAACAGAAUCUCCUUGACAAGGCUUUCGAGAGCUAUAAACGAGCUGUGGAGCUCAACCCAGACCAAGCACAGGCCUGGAUGAAUAUGGGAGGCAUUGAGCACAUCAAGGGGAGCUAUAUCACUGCCCGUGGCUACUAUGAGAAAGCCUUACAGCUGGUCCCAAACAGCAAGUUGCUGAAGGAGAAUCUGGCCAAACUGGAUCGCCUGGAGAAACGGUUUCAGGAAGUCCAAGAGAAAGACCAAACAUAGCAUUCAGUCACCAGUGGGAAGAAACUCAUGCCCCUUGGAGAAGAGUGUGGUGGAAGCCUAUUGCUCAAAGUGACGUUGAAGGAACUUUGAUAGGACUCAGAAUUACAGAAGGCAGAUUUUGAAUGCAUGCUUAUGUUUGACCAAAGUUAUAGGAGACACUUGGCUCCUCUGGGACAUGCUGGAGAAUGAAUGAAAAGCUUCCUUUAAUCAAGUUUCAUGUUUAGGCUGAACCCAUUUUAAUCACACCAGGAGAGUGGGUGGGACACAUAUCUUCAAUAUCUUGGUUAUCACUGGGGAAACCAUGGAGACAAAGCACUCAUCCAUUGAAGCAAGGGUGAAGUAGUACUCUCCCGUUACUCAACACAGGCUCACCUCAUCCACGUAAAGUACCACUGAUGGGCUUCAUUGCAAGUGCUGCCAGGUCUUCCUGAGCCAGGAAAGAUGGUCAUAAUGGUCACACAAAAAGGUCUCAAGGAGUUAAUGCUGAGGAAAUGGCGGCCACUUUUACAGCUCUAAAUGUGACUUGAAAAUUAUCCUAAAGAAAGGGAAAACAGUGUCCGAAUAUUGCCCUAGAAGGAUGAUUCUACAAGUAGGACAAAUGAUCCUUUGAGGGAAAACCUCACCUGAAUGUUUUACUCAUAAAAUAGUUGUUUUGUAAUAAUUCAGGUUCAUGAUGUCAAUGUUGUCAAAUAUCAUAUGGCUUUACCCUUUGCCCUCUCCCUCUGGGCCAAGUAAUUAUUACUCUGAAAAAAAAUGGAAGCAUCCAAAGGCAAUGGGAAGCUCUAGAAUUACUUGUCCUCCUGUCCAGUUCCCA